CCCAAGACGCCCCGCACCCCCAAGCCCAAGCCCGUCAUCACGUACGCCAUCCCGCCCGUGCCCUCGCUCACCACCUCCUUUCACGGCCGCCUCGGCUACGCCUGCCUCAACACCCUCCUCCGCCACACCACCCCCGCCUCCGCCGCCGUCUUCUGCUCCCGCACCUGCCGCAUCGCCACCCUCAACGCAGAGGGCAUCGGCUUCGCGAAGGAUCUCGGCCUGAAGAACGCCCGCGACCUCAUCACCCUCAUCAACUGGAACGAGGCGCACGGGAUCCGCUUCAUGCGCGUCUCGUCGGAUAUGUUCCCCUUUGCGUCGCACCCGGUGUGGGGGUAUGAUUUGGAGUAUGCGAAGGAUGUGCUGGAGGAGGCCGGCGAGCUGGCGAAUAGGCUGGGACACAGACUUACGACGCAUCCGGGCCAGUUUACGCAGCUGGGGAGCAACAAUCCCAAGGUCAUCGACGCCAGCAUCCGCGAGCUCUGCUACCACGCAGAGAUGCUCGACCGCAUGCACCAGGGCCCCGACGCGGUCAUGAUCAUCCACGGCGGUGGCACCUAUGGAGACAAGGCCGCUGCUCUCGACCGCAUCCGCCACUCCGUCACCACCAGGCUCCCACCGAACGUCCGCGCGAGGCUCGUGUUGGAGAACGACGAGCUCUGCUACUCCGCCCACGACCUCCUCCCUCUCUGCGAGGACCUGGACAUCCCGCUCGUCUUCGACUAUCAUCACGAUGAUAUCAAUCCGGGGCCCUCGGGCUUCCGCCGCCUCCUCCCCAUCGCGGACAUCAUCGCGCGCAGCCGGGCGAUCUGGGACCGGCGCGGGAUCAGGCCGAAGGUGCAUUUGAGUGAGCCCCGCCCCACCGCACGCACCAUCCCCGAGCGGCGCGCGCACGCGGACCGGGUGGCGAGGCUGCCGGAGGUGUUGGAGGGGGAUGUGGACCUCAUGAUCGAAGCGAAGGACAAGGAGCAGGCGGUGCUGCAGCUGUACCGGACGUAUGGGCUGGGGCAGGUC